CCCGGACACCAUUUGUAGCGUUUACUUCCGCUUUGCGUUUCGUCCAUCUGCUUUCUUUGCUAACACUUUUCGGCACUUUCAGACGAGGAUCAGAAUUGUUUUUUGGACCAAAAAAAUUCUGAAAUAAGUGGCUGCACGCCUGACCUGUAAGCAAAGAUGACGGACCGUUACAACAUCCACAGCCAGCUGGAGCACCUGCAGUCGAAGUACAUUGGCACAGGACAUGCAGACACCACCAAGUGGGAAUGGCUGGUGAACCAGCACAGAGACUCGUACUGCUCCUACAUGGGCCACUUCGACCUCCUCAACUACUUCUCCGUCGCUGAGAAUGAGAGCAAGGCUCGCGUGCGCUUUAACCUAAUGGAGAAGAUGCUGCAGCCCUGCGGACCUCCUGCUGACAAACCUGAGGAUGCUUAGAAUGAAGCAUCAUUCAGAGAGGACUUUAGCCUUCUAAGUUUAUAGGGGUCAAGUGUGAAUGAGAUUUUUUUUAAAGGUUUUUUUUUUUUUUUUUUUUAAAUCAAUUAAGUGAAUUUCCAUAUUUUUGCCAUAUUGUGUAUGACUCUCAGCUGUAUCUGAAGAAAAUAAAAUGGGAGAAUGUU